AUGCAGGCGGCCGCCAAAGGCAAGGCCGACUACCAGGGCCGGAGGACAAAGCUCGCCAAUUCCUACCAGGAGCUGCUCAAUGAAUUCUCCAGCAGCGAUCUCAAAUCGGUCGGAAAUUACACACUCGGACGACUAAUAGGCAAAGGUUCAUUCGGAAAGGUCUACCUAGCUACACACAAGCUCACCAACGGCUCCAAGGUUGUCCUCAAAUCGGCAAACAAAAACGAUUCGAAUCUCGCCCGCGAAAUUCACCACCACCGACAAUUUGUCCAUCCCCACAUUGCCCGUCUGUACGAAGUCAUCGUAACGGAGAACCUUGUGUGGCUUGUUCUGGAAUACUGCUCCGGCGAUGAGCUGUACAACUACCUUCUCGACCACGGCCCGCUACCCGUUGACAAGGUGCAAAAGAUCUUUGCACAGCUCGUCGGCGCCGUCAGCUACGUGCACCUGCAAUCUUGCGUACACCGCGACCUCAAGCUCGAAAAUAUACUCUUCGAUAGGCACGAGAAUGUCAAGCUGGUGGAUUUUGGGUUUACGCGCGAAUAUGAGGGCCGAGUGAACCACUUGCAGACCUUUUGCGGAACGAUAUGCUACUCGGCACCAGAAAUGCUCAAGGGUGAAAAAUAUGCUGGCGAAAAGGUUGACAUCUGGAGCCUAGGUGUUAUCCUCUAUUCGCUGCUGUGCGGCGAGCUGCCAUUCGACGAUGAUGACGACAACGUCACGCGGUCACGGAUUCUGGGCCAGGAGCCCAAGUACCCGGCCCAUCUGCCUUCCGAAGCUGUCGCCCUAAUCAAAUCGCUAUUGUCGAAGCGGCCGAUCUUGCGACCUAGCCUACCGGACGUUCUAGCCCAUCCGUUUCUGGCCGAUCAUGCCGCAGCUCAACAAGCGAUCCUGCAAAUCAAGCCUCAACCUCCAUUUGCCUCGCCGCUGGAGAAGGACUGUCUCCAGCGCAUGAGGAGCGCCGGCGUCGACAUCGAUGCCGUGAUUGAGAGCGUGUUGUCUCAAAGAUGCGAUGCGCUGACUGGCUGGUGGAUAUUGUUACUGGAAAAGGAGGAGCGCAAAAUCAAGCGGCGCGAGCUAAAACGUCGAGAAAAAGAAGCAGAGCGGAGUCUGCGCCGUCUCUCGGCUGCCUCGAGUCGAUUAGAGCGCCUCGCGCCGACAUUGCAGGAUGUAGAUGAGGAUGGAGGCCUCACAUCCCAUUUUAUCCGACUCGGGGACCAACAUUCCCAGCGGCGCGGACGAAGCGACCGACGAAGCGCGGGCUACUACGACAUUACGAUAACAGACCUUCCAGAGCUAACUGAAGUGGCCCGGGAGAAUGGCUCUGCGAGCGGUGGCGAGCCUGCACGACCAGCCGAUACCCAGUCUAUCCGCAGAGCGCAGCCAAGCCCCGGGGAGACGAGCAACGGCAAGGCCAACGGCAUAUCCAAGUGGAAGAAGAAGCCCGGACUCAUGGCGCAUUGGAAACAGUGGACGCAUUGGUUCAAGGAGAACGCCAAGGUGCGGCGCAAAGGCCACGAACGUCACGCGAGUAGGAGCACGCCCGAUCUUCAUAACAAGGAGAGAAAGGGAAGUGCGGAGAAGGAAGCGAGCCCACGUCCGCAGACGAGCAAGUACCCAAACUCGACAAGCGGAGCGGCUGGCACUUCACCUCUGCCCAAGGGUGUGGUGGCUAAUGGCCACUACGGCAGGGCCAACUCGCCGGGACGCCGGGUGCUGUCCAAGAGCAGCACGUCGAGUAGUCUGGCAGCGCCGCAGCCGCACCGACCGAGAGUUUCUAGCAACUCACAAGCAUACAAGAGACAGUCUCUUUCGCCAGCGCCAAUGACGCCUCGAUCCACCGUUCGUCGCUCGUCUGCCGGCUUGCGCGGUCGCAAGUCGACCUCGUCGUCUGUCUCCUCUGUUCGAUCACUGCACCAUCACCACCACACCCAUUCCAAGGCGUCUUCGACCAGCUCGACAGGAUCCGUGUCCACAUCCAAGACGCCACUCGGCCGAACGCACUCGCCACACCACUCGGUCAAGGUCCUACCCGCCACACCGACGUCGCACGCAUUCCCGUCCAACAUUCGCCUCGUCCGCGGCUCUCCCGGACCGGCGCCGCUGCAGAUCUACAACGAGGGCAUGCCGAGCGGCGGUAGCCGGCCGCCUGGAUCGCCGAACCCGUUUGCGGGCGGCGUGCAGUUUGCCAAGCGCAAAAAGAACCUCUUCAAGGGUCCGAGCCUGAACCUGCCGACCAUCUCGUCGUCGCGCACCUCGAGCGCGGGGUCACACUCGCGCAGCGGUAGCGGCUCCAACAUGCGGCGCUCGACCGAGGUGGCGAUCCCCGGAAUCCAGGAAGAGGACGAGGACCACGUGGCCGAGGAAGAGGAGGAGAUUGAAGAGGUGGAAAUGUUUAAUCCUAUUGUGCGUGGGCCGGGCGAGAUUGUAGAGGAGCAUAUCAUCGAGGAUGAUGAAUUACCAUCGGCGCUGGAUCUCAAUGACAUGGGUCGACGUGCGAGUCAAGAUAAUGGUGCGAGUGUUGGAGUGAAAUGA